GUGCGACCCCUUACUAUUUUUCUUUUUUAUUGAGCUUUGACCCAUCACGGCCACCGGCCGAGGUAAACGAGGGAGCUACCUUGCUCGCGACAGGUUGCAACGACGCCAAAAUGUGCAAAAUCCAAAUGUUGAGAACGUUGGUGAAGCAUCGACUAGAUCAUGCCGUCGAAGAGAUAGUUGAACUAUUUGAAAAGACGAUAGUGGAGUAUGAGGAGGAACUUUCUCGAACCAAAAAGGAGAUCGAGCGACAACGCGACCUACUGGACGCUAUUCUCAACCCUCAAGUUCGACUGGACAGAGCAGAGGCCCAGGUUCAGCAGGCGUUAGUGACGACUCAAGAUGUGCAUGUUAAAGAAGAAGAAGAAGAAGAAGAGGACAUUCAGAGCAGACAAGACGCGGAGGCUGACGUCACCACGGGCACAAUGACUCUUGUCUUCGUGAAGAGUGAAGAAGAUAACAAAGCUGUGUUAGCACAGCUUCAUCACAGUGAGGAGAGCAGAGACAGUACCUCAAGUCAACACCGUGGAUACAACUCUGCUGAGACCCCAUCCGAGAGCCACAACCUGUUAACAUUAGGUGAGGUCCAGGUUCAGCAGGCGUUGGUGACGAGUCAAGAUGUGCAAGUUAAAGAAGAAGAAGAAGACAUGCGGAGCAGACAGGACGUGGAGGCUGACGUCUUUGUGAAGCGUGAAGAUAACGAAGCUCAGUUCUCACAGCUUCAUCACAGUGAUGAGAACAGAGACAGUAGCUCAAGUCAACACAGUGGAGCAUUGCAACCAGACAAUUCUGCUCCACCAUCAGAUUUGGACGACAGAAUGUCACCCCAUUCUGAUGCCGAUUCAAAUAUUACUAAUGUGAGCUCUAACGGUGAUAUCAGUCCAACUAUCUCCUCCGAACGCGGGGAAACGCUUGUCCAGAAGUCGGAAAUGACCACUGGUGUGUUGUCGCACGCAGACAAGAAGCCUUUUAAGUGUCCCCUGUGCGAUAAAGGGUUCUCUAGGAAGAUGUACAUGAUGGCUCACCAAAAGGCACACUCCAAAGGGUUCCCUUUCACCUGCUCGAUAUGCGCAAAAGGUUUCUUAUUAAAAUCACAGUUGCGGGCGCACACCAGGUCACACACUGGGGAGAGACCUUUCACCUGCUCGGUGUGCGCCAAAUCUUUCUUUUCAAACGGACAGUUGCGGAUACACAGCAGGAUACACACCGGGGAGAGACCUUUCACCUGCUCGGUGUGUUCAAAAUGUUUCAUAACAAGAGGACAUUUGCAGAGGCACUCCAAGAUACACUCUGGGGAGAGACCCUUCAGCUGUAACGUUUGCAACAAAAGCUACGUAAGAAAGUCACACAUGGAGUCGCACAUGCUGACGCACACGCAGACGGGCGAAAAGCCUUUUGACUGCUCCGUCUGCGGCAAACGUUUCUCGACCAGGCAAUAUCUGAGGUGCCACAUGAAAAGACAUUCAGAGGGGAAACGUUUUACUUGCCCUGUGUGCUUUAAAGACUUCGCCAAUAAAGCUUAUAUCGGGAUACACAUGGCGACGCACACUGGGGAGAAACUGUUCAGCUGUGAUACCUGUAAUGAAAAAUUCACAUUUGGGUCUCAGGUCAAGAGUCAUGUGUGUACUGGGAACAAAUAAAUACUCUUGUGUAUCUGUAACUUAAGUGUAUCACUUUGUGGGCUUAAUAAAUCGCUAUCACAGAAAA